AUGGCAUGUUGUGUUUAUGAUGCGGUCUCCGUGAAGUGGUUCGCUGUGGCAAGCCUUCUGCACUUGAAUCCGUGGAUACAAGAUCCUGACUGCACAGAGGACAGCACACAUUCCGCCGCAUUAGCUUGUGAAUGGGCUCGCUUGCAUUUUCUGUUGGCGUCGCCUGUAGAUAUGCAGCUGGCCACUUGUUCGACUGUUGCGAUUCUGCCGUCUAAUGACAUCAUUACAGCAGCCAAGGGCGCCACGCAACAAAAGGUGCUUCCACCGGCGGGCAGUGCUCUAAGACUCUAG